AUGGGAAAUUCUUUUGGGUGUUCGGCUUCUGGCGAGAGAUUGGUAGCUGCGGCGAGGGAUGGUGAUUUGGUUGAAGCAAAGAUGCUUUUGGAAUUCAAUCCUAGUCUUGCCAAAUACUCAACCUUUGGUGGUCUUAAUUCACCUCUUCAUUUUGCUGCUUCCAAGGGUCAUAACGAGAUUAUGGCAUUGUUGCUUGAGAAGGGAGCUGAUGUGAAUUCAAGAAAUUAUUGUGGACAAACAGCUUUGAUGCAAGCUUGUAGACAUGGUCAUUGGGAAGUUGUUCAGACCCUUAUGCUCUAUCGAUGCAAUGUUAUGAAAGCAGAUUAUCUCAGUGGGAGGACAACUCUUCACUUUGCCACUGUCAGUGGGCAUGUCAGAUGCAUUAGACUUGUUGUGGCUGACUUUGUUCCAAGUGCUCCUUAUGAAACUCUACAUGUUAGCGUGGAUGCUGACGUGGGUGAUGGAUCAAAUACGAAAAGAAAAAAACGAACAAAGUACGUUGUCCAAGUUUGUAAACAAGACGGAUGA